UUUCCGGAAGAAGCAUGUCUGCUCCUGUCUGAGCCGCCGACAUCAUGCAGUCGGAUGAUGUUAUCUGGGAUACACUAGGAAACAGACAAUUUUGUUCCUUCAAAAUAAGAACCAAGACUCAAGGUUUCUGCAGAAAUGAAUACAACUUGACUGGACUGUGUAAUCGGUCAUCUUGUCCCCUGGCAAAUAGUCAGUAUGCCACCAUCAAAGAAGAGAAAGGACAGUGCUACUUGUACAUGAAGGUUAUAGAACGAGCGGCUUUUCCCAGGCGUCUCUGGGAACGGGUCCGGCUCAGUAAAAACUAUGAGAGAGCGCUGGAACAAAUAGAUGAAAAUCUAAUUUACUGGCCGCGUUUCAUUCGACACAAAUGUAAGCAGAGAUUCACCAAAAUCACCCAAUACCUAAUUCGAAUUAGGAAACUUACAUUAAGGCGACAGAGGAAAAUUGUUCCUUUGAGUAAAAAGGUGGAGCGUAGGGAGAAAAGAAGAGAGGUAACUUACUGUUCUGAACUUCACACCUUCUGUAUUUUCACUGGGGAGGGGUGUGGACAGGGAAAAAAGAAUAUGCUUGUUGGACAGUGGAACUUCAAGUAUGUAAUAUCUAAAUGUAGUAAGCCAGUCUGUGUUUAUGUUUUCCAGUAUGGUGACAUCUACAAUUUCCCCAUUCAUGCCUUUGACAAGGCCUUGGAGCAACAGGAUGCAGAAAGUGACUCUUCAGAUGCAGAGGAAAGAGAUGAAGAUGAUGAUGAAGAAGAUGUGGGAAAAAGAGAAUUUGUGGAAGAUGAUGAGGUAGAUGAGAGUGACAUAAGUGAUUUUGAGGUGAGAUUUAUGGGUUAAAAAAAAAAUUG